AGAGAGAGAGAGAGAGAGAGACUAGUCCCCACAACUGCCUGUGCUCGCAGCUGGACAAAACUGCCACCGCCAAUAAUGCUUGGGACCUUGCAAACCAGACAACCCCUCCCCCCCUCUCUCCCUUCUGCUCAGUCUCACCAACUCUCUCAGUUUCAUGCAUAUCUAAGCAUUACCAGCAUAUCUUCUCAAUCAGUUUGAGAGUACUUCCACCCUUCAUUUCUUACCUCACACCUCCCCCCCUCCCUUUGUUACUUUUCACCCUCCACUUUAUUCACCUCAGCUCUUUAACCUCUCUCUCUCCCUCUUCUCUCUCUCUCUCUCUCUCUCUCUCUUCUCUCGGUGAAGGAGGACUGGAACGAGGAGGCCCAUUUAUUCAAUCACUUGUGCAGAGUACUCUCUAUACCUGUUCUCUGAUCUUCUCAAUAAGUCAGUUCUUCAAGGCUAAAGCAGCACAGCAUUUAAUAUUGUUCUAUUAUAAGAGCAUAUUUCACUCCUAUCCGAAAACAAAAUAUAUUUUGUGUUGUUCGAUUCAUGGGGUCUCAUAAUUCUUCCGCUUCUCAUUGGGGCUUCUCACAUUUAUUGCAAUUGUUCUGUUAGCAUAAAUGGAAUGUUGGUAAUAUGUUUCUAGAGAGAGAAAGACACAAUUUAAGGAACACCCAACAAACUGCUGCUGCUGCUGCUCUCUCUCUCUCUCUCUCUCUCUCUCUGCAGCCUGUAAUGGAGAGGCUAGUUCAAGGACCCAUUAAUCCCUGUCAGUCCUUUGGUGAGCAUUUGGAUUUUCAGUUGGAGCAAAGUUUGAAUUUCACAACUGAAAGCUUGAGCUUUGAGGAGGAAGAAGAAUCCCACCACCACCUCUUAAUGCCAAGCUUGGAGGACAGAAUGCCAUUUCUCCAGAUGCUACAAAGUGUUAAUUCCUCCACCACCACCACUACACCUUAUUUUCCAUUGAAAGAGCCAAGCUUUCAAACACUUUUGAAACUCCAACACUUCAAAAAGCCAUGGGAGUUGGACGAAACUUACAUGCCUGAAAUGGAAACCACAAUUCAGAGAGCUCCAGAACUUGAGAGCUGUGUGACCCAUGAAAUGGUUGAGCUGCAACAUUCACCUGUGAAAUCAGAAGGGAAAGACUUUCAUCUCCAACACUCGAUUUCUGAGUGCAACCAAGGGGAAGAAAAUCCCAGCUCAGCUGCUGGGUCUCCACCCCCACCUACCUGGGUUCAGGUACAUAAUGGUACUGAGGAAACCCAGCAACCCAAAUCUCCUGCCACCAGGGAGAGGAGAAAGCGGAAGAGAACAAGGCCAACUAAGAACAAGGAAGAAGUGGAGAGCCAGCGGAUGACCCACAUAGCGGUGGAGCGCAACCGUCGCCGCCAGAUGAAUGACCAUCUCAAUGUCCUCAGGUCCCUCAUGCCCACUUCUUACAUUCAAAGGGGUGACCAAGCAUCAAUUGUGGGGGGUGCAAUAGAUUUUGUGAAGGAAUUGGAGCAGCUACUUCAUUCCCUUGAAGCCCAAAAAAGAAAUAGAAAAACAGCUGAUCAAAUUCAAGGGAUGAACAAUAAUGGUAACAACAACAGCUCUUUCAGCUCCUCACCAGCAUCCUCCUCUUCUCCCUGCAGCAUGGCAAUGCCAUCCAAUGGAAUGUUCAUGACUCUAUCCCAGUGCAGAAUUGGUUCUCAUGAUCAAGAAGGCACCACCGCCAUCGCCACCGCUGCCACCGCCUUUGAGGAUGAAGGCACAGCUCAGAACAAGUCUGAGGCUGCAGACAUAGAUGUCACUGUGAUCCAAUCUCAUGUCAACUUAAAAGUCCAGUGCCAAAGGAGAGCUGGGCAGCUGAUGAAAGCCAUCCUUGCAUUGGAGGAUCUUAGGCUAACUGUUUUGCACCUCAACGUUACAUCUUCACAAGACACUGUUCUUUACUCUUUCAAUCUCAAGAUAGAAGAAGGUUGUCAUUUAGGAUCAGCAGAUGACAUUGCAAGAGCCGUGCAUCAGAUAUUCAGCUUCAUCAAUGGCAGCAGUUGAUUGGUUCAGUGAGUCAAAAGCACUGACGAUCCUGAAAAGUAGCUAACUUCAUUUCAUUUCUGAGAGAGAGAGAGAGGAGCAGGCAGAAAUGUAAGGUGGUCUUUCACUCUUUUAGGAUAUUUGGGAGAUGGGGGAGCAGAAAAAUUGGCACCUAUGCUUUUACAUUGCUUCCAUCUCGUAGAAUGUAAAUUUGUGACUUGUGAGUUGUUGUGCCCACUUAGGGUGUAGUGUGUGACAAGGCAGAUGAUGUUUACUACUUGUUUCUUAAA